AUGGCUGGUUUCGUGGCAAUGCUCGCGGAUGUGAUUCGUGAAGGGAACAAAGAGUUUUCACCACCGGUGUUGGAGUUCGCAAUCAGGGGUUUGGUUGAAGGGAGUUUAGUAUUAUUGAUUCCGAAUGAGAAUUCCCCUGAUUCGGUAUCGGCGAUGCUGCCGAAUCGGAACCAUAUUAACAUCCAAUCGAUCGCCAUCCACGCCAAAUCCAAGCUCUGA